CAUAUGGUACCAUACACUUCAUAUAUUUAUUUUUUUUAACAAAAAGCAGUCCUUUUCCCAAAAGUCUAAAAAGAUGAGAGGAAAAGAGUAUUUUCCUAAAGGUCAAAAUGUACUAAAAACUCAUGUCCUCUCUUAUCGGUUCAUUAUUAAAUAUCAGUAUGCCUGUCUUUCCACUAGAACCUACCGCUAGUAAAAUGCGUAUUAAUUGAAAAAUUGUAAAAUUUUGGUCUAUAAAAAAACAAUUAAUAAAGUAAGUAAUAGAAUUGAAUGGCGAGUCACGUGAGAGAAUCCAAACGAGCUCGCACACGUGUGCAUAUGGAUGAACCGUUCAACCCAACCCAGUCUUACACGAAACCUCUUCCCGUUCGUGACUCCCUUUACUCUCGGCCUAACCACCAAACACCCCACCCCCUUUUACAUCUUAACCUCGAACCCUAAUCCCCACCCAAACCCAACCCCCAACCAACCUACCCUUUCAAGCUUCUCUUAUGGCUUCUGUAGAAAAUCAGCACGCCGUCGUCUACAACGAUGAUGAUCUCGACGAUGACGAAGAUGAUGAAGCCCAGAACGAAGUCGCUGUUGAUGAAGAUGAUGAUGUAGACGUCGAUGAUGAGGACGACGAUUCGACUUCCUCUCCUCCCGCGCCCGUUUCGAACCAUUCCGGCGCCGGCGAGGUUACUAUUGCCGUUGUCGGCGUCCCUGCUGCAAGUGAUUCAUUUUCUCAUGAAUCAAAACGACAGCAGAUCAACCAAUUCGGCGUUACUCCGGCCUCUACGAUUGUUGUGGAAGAAAAGAGGCCGUUACCUUUGGAUGAUUCACGAAAGCUUUUUCAACGGCUGUGGAUGGAUGACGAUGAGAUUGAAUUGUUACAGGGAUUUCUGGAAUACACGACACAGCGUGGUGGUAUAAAUUCAUCAUCGCAUCACCAUCAUGAUACAGGUGCGUUUUAUGACCAAAUUAAGAACAAGUUGCAGUUGGAUUUCAACAAGAAUCAAUUAGUAGAGAAGUUGAGAAGAUUGAAGAAGAAAUAUCGGACAGUGAUGAGUAAGAUGGGAUCUGGUAAGGAAUUUGUGUUUAAGAGCCCUCACGAUCAAGCCACCUUCGAGAUCUCUCGCAAGAUCUGGAGCAAUGCAGGACCCAUUGUCGUCCGUAGCAGUGGUCCACCACCACCAGAAGAUGGUGGAUUUGAUGAUGAGGAUUCACAUCACAACCUUAACAACGCAAAUUUCAUCGAUCACAGCCCUAACUUCAAUGUUAACCCUAACGGGAUUGACGUUAAAACUCCCAAGUCGAGAAAAAGGUCUCGAGGAGGAGCAAUUAACGUUGAAGAAAAGCCCGGGUUUAUUCAACAGUACUAUCAGCCAUUUGGUGGAGGAACAAAUGUCAUUCUUCCCCCGAUGGCCGGCCCCCAGGCCAGUUUGAUUGAGGAAACAGUGAGGAGCUGUGUAUCACCCAUUUUCAAGGAAUUGUUAAACAAUUUGAAUGGUUCGAGAUGUUUUGGGUUCGGAAUGGCAUUGGGUCCAAGCCCAACCCCUUUAGGAUUUGGGAUCAGUACAAUGAGCUCUGAUAUCAAGGUGGAUGAGAAAUGGAGGAAGCAACAGAUUCUAGAAUUGGAAGUUUAUUCUAAGAGAUUAGAGCUUAUUCAAGAUCAAAUAAAAGCACAGUUGGAGGAACUCAGAUCCAUGACCAGUUAGACCAUUGCUCCUUUUCGUAUAGAAUUUUAAAAUAAUUCCUGUUGAUAAUAUUACCACAUGCAAAAAUAGCUGAUUGUGAAGGCCUGUUUUAGAUAUUUAACUUUUGGUUAUUCAAUAAUGAGUUUUGU